AUGUCUGAAUCAUAUGAAUACUUAUUUAAGUUUUUAGUAAUUGGGAGUGCUGGUACUGGAAAAUCAAGUCUCCUCAACAAUUUUAUUGGAAACAAAUUUAAAGAAGAUCGAUGUCAUACUAUUGGAGUGGAGUUUGGAUCCAAGAUUAUAAAUAUUGGAGGUAAAUCAACAAAGUUACAAAUAUGGGAUACUGCUGGACAAGAGAGAUUUCGCUCUGUCACACGUUCAUACUAUAGGGGAGCUGCUGGAGCUCUUCUUGUAUAUGAUAUUACCUCGCGGGAUUCAUUUAAUGCACUUUCAAACUGGCUAAGAGAUGCUCGCACUCUUGCAAGUCCCAAUAUUGUUAUAUUACUUGUUGGAAAUAAAAAAGAUUUGGAAGAGUCUAGAGAAGUAACUUUUACAGAAGCUAGUCAAUUCGCCCAAGAAAAUGAAUUGAUGUUUUUAGAAACUAGUGCUAAGAGUGGAGAAAAUGUUGAAGAAGCAUUUUUAAAGUGCUCUAAAACAAUUCUGGCUAAGAUAGAAACUGGAGAGUUAGAUCCUGAAAGAAUAGGUUCUGGUAUACAGUAUGGUACAGGUACAUCAAAGAGAUUAUCAGCACCAAAGAAACCUGUGAGAGCACCAUCGGACUGUGUUUGCCAUGUU